GCCAGCGCAGGUGCUUGUCGUUUGAAAGUAUGGCGCCCGCGGGUCCGCGGCUGGUGCUGUGUGAGGAGAAGAUCCGGGAGAAGAGCGGCCUGGCGCCUCACCACGAUCUGGCUGAGCUCCAGUCAUUGUCUAUUCCUGGAACUUACCAAGAGAAGAUUACUCACCUGGGAACUUCUCUGGUGAACCUAACGGGUCUGAAGUCUCUAGACCUCUCACGCAACUCCUUGGUGAGUCUAGAGGGCGUCCAGUACCUGACCGCGCUGGAGAGCCUGAACCUCUACUACAACAGCAUCUCCUCGCUAGCCGAGGUGCUGCGACUCCACUCCCUGCCGGAGCUCGCCGCCGUGGACUUCCGGCUGAACCCCGUGGUGAGAAACGAGGCCGACUACCGCCUCUUCGUCGUGCACAUGCUUCCGAAGCUCAGGCAGCUGGAUGACCGUCCUGUGAGAGAGAGCGAGCGGAAGGCAUCCCGGCUGCAUUUUGCGUCAGAGGAGCCACUCAGCUCGGAGCAGAGCUUCCCCGCUGGUUUCAGAGCCGGAGGACCGUGCCACUCUAGGGCCCUGUGCGCUGACCCCUCGGCCAAGAAGUGCUUGGUCAUGGACGCAGAUGACGAGGCAGUCCUGAACCUCAUUGCUGAGUGCGAGUGGGACUUGAGCAACCCUCCUGGGAGCACAAGUUCCAGCCAGAGGGAGCGAGAGGCCGACCUCCGUAGUUCUCAAGAAUCCAGACAUCUGUUGAGCCCUCGGUCAGCACAGCCUCAGUGUGGGGACUCCAUCGAGACGGGCCAUGAGAAGAGGAAGGGCAGCUCUCGAGGCUGUGGUCCAGAAAAGAGGCUUCAGGACCAGUACUGGGGGGAGCCGCCCCCGCAGUGUGGACAGCACGUGCACUUCACCGCACGCCCGGAUUCCGCAGACAUUGAGGACUCGACCCUCUCUCAGAAGUCAAGUUUGUCAGCACAAGAGGUGUGGAAUCCAUCGCCCGCUCCUGGAAGGUACAGAACGCGAAGAACGCCUGGCAGCAGAUCCCAGGCUCCUGCAGACCAGGAGGGUCUGAGACGCCUGGAGAGACCCACCGUGUCGUCAAGCCCCGGGGAGACUCUGAGCAGGCAGAGUGGCUCGGAGGGCCGGAGCGAAAGGACCUGGUCUCGCUCAGACCUGCGGGAGCCUGAGGCCGAGGAGCCCUGCGGCAGGAGUGGCACCAGAGAGGUGGUUCCCAAACAGUACUCUGCUGUGCCACCCGGGAAGAAGGCUGCGCUGGAGGUGGCACUUCUGGAGGCGCUCCUUGACCUGGUGGACAGGUACUGGAGCGGCUGCAAGUCCCUGCAUGGCAAUGAGGUGUUCCGGGCUCAGGCAAGACAUAUUUUGUCCUCGGUGCAAACAUUUACAACAACUCAGGAGAGUUCAGCAAGUGCGAGUGAAGAAAUGAGCUUCCUUAAGCUGGAGAAUAAGCCUCUGCAGCAGCGCCUUGGUGAGCCGCAACGGUACCGCGUGAAGAUGGGCGAGCUGGUGUCGGACCUCAGCGAGGCGCGGAAGCAGGUGGGUGACUUGAGACAACGUUUAGACAGAUCUUUGGAGGAGAAUAGCAGCUUAAAGGCUCUUUUGUUCAGCAUGAGAAAAGAAGCAAAAAACACAGACACCGCAACUACGUUAAACGUGCAGAUCACCGGACUCCAGACGAGCGUGAAGAGGCUGGCCGGUGAGAUCGUGGAGCUGAAGCAGCAUCUGGAGCACGACGACAAGGUCCAGGAGCUCACGCAGAUGCUGCAGGAGAGCCACAGCUCCCUGGUCAGCACCAAUGAGCACCUCCUGCAGGAGCUGAGCCGGGUGCGGGCGCAGCACGAGGUUGAGGUGGAGCAGCUGCACUGGAGCUACCAGGAGCUCAAGAAGACGCUGGCCUUGUUCCCACACAGCCGCGUGGGCCGCUAG